GACCUCAGGACAGUGAGUGAGGAUCAGCUGCAGCUCUCUGCUCCAACAGACAUCUGUAAACUCACCAUUACAACAGUCUGCUGAAGAUAAAUACGCUUUUUAUACAUCCUGCAGAGACACAUGCGUCCUUUAAUCAAUUAAUUUGCUCUUGUGAUGGUAAUAACGUGACUUUUGUAAUUGUGUUAACGUGGGAGGGCGAACAAAUGUUUAGCGUUACUAUAACAACCGCGUCGACGAGCAUUGUUGUCAGUAGCAACCACUGUAGCAGCGCGCGGACUGUGUUGUUAGCUGUCAUGCUAGCUGGCAAGUAGGUAAAAACACCGCGGUGAAGUUGAGACUUGUAUUUACUGACGCUGUAAAAAAAAAGGUUCACUGGAGAAACGAUGGAUUCCCAGUCGCUGUACUUUUCCCUGGAACUCGUCGCCGGAAGCGGCAACACUCUGAACGUCGAGCAAAGAGCCGCCCUGCAGACCUCCUUGGUGAUUCUGCAGAAAAACUACAAGUUCCAGCGAGUCAUGCUCUGGGGCAAAGUGCUGGGGUUGAAGGCGGAUUAUUUGAUUGCUCAGGGGAGAGGAGAGGAUGAGAUGAAGGAUAGGAAGAAUCUGUAUAGCUUGAACUGUGUGGACUGGUUCCUGCUGCCCCCUGCCACAGGCCCUUUAAUCGACCAAGUGUCCAGCGUUGCCAAGGGUCGCUUCACAGGAGACCCCUCACAUGUGUACGAGCAUCGGGACAUCCGCAGGCGAGGAGGAGGAGAUGAAGAAGAGGAGGUAGUGACCAAAGUGAAUGAGGAGAGCAGGCUGGCAGUGACAGUUCAUCACAUCGAAGAGGAAGUGUCUGUAGUACCACGAGGUGCAUUCGUCAAGAGUCCGCACGGCCUUGUCCAGAUCAACCGCAGCUUUGGCGGUCUGUCUCACUCUGAAGCAGGAAAGCUCGACAGUUUCCUGCACUUCAGCGAACCAAAGAAUCUGAAGAAGAAAAGCAUCCUAGAGAUGAGUCAACUCAACCCAGCUAUUGACUUCCUGGAUGUGCUGAGUGAUGACAUUCCUAAAGGAUCAUGGAGUCUCCAGUUUGAAUGUGGCAGCAAAGUGUGCGUGCUUCGAAGCCUGUUGUGGCUCGGCCUGACCUUCUACCACGUGCCAAUGACGCCACAGCACGGAUACAUCUACAUCGGUGAUGGGGCCAAGAAUUUGGACCUCGCCUUCAUGCUGUAAAGAGACACUUAUAGACCUAUUUCAAGCUGCAGUUUUUUCAUAUAUCUCUUCAAAACCAAAGUCUGCUCUAUGCAGCAUAUUGCACGACUAUUUAUCUUCUCUUUUAUGCACUUCGUGCCUACAAGCUUUCUCUUCUAUUUAGUUCUCAUGCAUAAAGGCUAUUCCUAUACAGUAAACAAAUGCUGAGGUAGAAUAAACAGACAUUUUAUUUGCACAUCUGUGUUCCCUUGAGUUUACACAGUCAACAUACCACCUACUUUGAAAACGUAACACUGACCCAGUUGUUGUUCACAUUAACUCGUCAGUGAGUUCAUCUCAAGAAAUGGAUGAGUGUGAUUUAUUCAAAGUGUGAUACAGUUUCCUAAACAAAAGGUGGAUUAACAGAUGGAUGAAGUGUUUAGGCCUUUUCCCAGGGCACUAUCACAAAAGUCAGACGUGGAAAUCCACUGCAUCCGUGCGUAAUCGGCCCACCUACUCUUCCAACAGCUGCUGUACUGAUUCAUCAGGCCCUUUGUCCUUCAGUGUUUUAUGUAAAGAGGCUUGACACCGUAACACACAUUGUCCUUGAGUGCUGGGUGGCCAACAAGCAUACGCUUCUUACACCACUUGAGUCCUUUUUUAUAGAUGGGUUUCACAGAGUUAAUAGACCAGCGAGUCAAAUAUCUGUAGAAAAAAAAAAUAGAGAUGUAAAACAUAUAUUUAUUGAUAGACAUACAUGCUGAGAGUUGGUAGAUGAUGGUGAAAACACAAACACAGACACAGAUUCAUGUAUCACCUGUUAAGUUGUGGCUUGGGCCUCUUUGGGACAUGGCCUUCAGGAAGUUUGGGUUUGUGGUCAGGUAGUAGACCUUGAACACAGGAAAGAAAUAAGGAGUUGAAACAUGUCAGCAACACUGUUAUCAGAGAAAGCUCUUCAGUGAGCCGGUGGGAAAAAACUAAACGGCAUAAAGAUACAGUUUAGUUGGAUUAAACUCACGCCACAUAUUUGCAGUGAACAAAGGAAUUACUUAUCCCUGUCAACAACUCUCCUGAUAGGUGAUAGUGUUAAAAAAAAAAAAGGGAACCAGCUUUGUGACAAGCAGAUCAAAUUCAGCUUACUUUACUCUGUAAUAAAUAUAUAACCAAAAUGUUUUUUGUAAGAAUGCAAUCUCAAUUUAUAAGAAAUUAAUAUAUUGGGGAUUAGGGUGAAACCUAACUCUAUCCUGCUUUCUUGAUCCAGUUUACCACAGCUGUUGUCAUUCGAGUCAAAAUCAACACUAUCAACAUUAUCUUGACUACUUAUAUGUAUUUGAAAUUAGUUUCAAUGUUGCAAUGAUACACAGACAGAUUCAGUGUCAACUCAAUUGUAUGUGAAACCACACAGAGGGGUAGUCACUAACACAGACCUGCUCUGUGAGCCAUCUGCACACAAAUGGUAAUCUUGCGAUGCUCCUGUGGACAGAGACCAGUGAUUCUCCUGGGCAACAUCCCUCCAUCUGACCUGAUGAACUGACUAAGGAGCAAGACGUCCUGGGAGAGGAAAAGAAUCAAAUCAGGCACCUUAAACAGCUGAUAACACUUUCAAUAAUAUCUUAUUUGGUCAUUGGCUGCCCCUGAAUGCAUUUACCGUGUAGUUGUAUUUGUUCUGAAGGUCCCAUCUGUAGAUAGGACACUUGGCUGUGGGGUUUGGAGGUUGUGGUCCUACUGGGACUUCGACGAUUUGUCCCUCGAUCUGAGAAAAGAUGAGCAUUAUUAUACCUUUGAAAUAAAAAAUUACAAGUCCA